AUGAGAAUACAGUAUGCUGAUUAUUUGCUGAUAUGCUCUACGUUUUACUUGUUUGGCAGAUUGGGGACCGAAGCCCCAGAUUCACUUGCGGAGUGGCUUGAAGCUGGAGAACAGCCUGUCUAUAUUGGAUUUGAUAGCCUUGUGAGUUUGUUGCAGCUUUCUCUAUUCAUGUUUAAUAUUCUUUUCCCGGUUCUAUCCCAGAGUAGCUCUGUUUGUCCUUACCCUAAAAAAUUACUUGUUCCUUCCCAAUUAAAACAAUCAACAAAGCCACAAUCUCCAAAGAGUGACCACCUUCAUGUUGGUCCCCAACGAACAGGCCGUGGAGUGGCAGAACCAAGUGAUUCUGUGUAUUUAGUGGACAAUUGCCCCCAUGAUUGGCUAUUCCAACGAUGCUCUGCUGUGGUGCAUCAUGGGGGUGUUGGCACAACUGCAGCUGGUCUGAAAGCUGCGUGUCCAACCACAAUUGUACCAUUCUUUGGGGACCAGCCAUUUUGGGGGGAGAUGGUGCAUGCCAGAGGAGUAGGUCCUGCACCCGUUCCAGCUGAUGAAUUCUCGCUUGAAAAGUUGGUCGAUGCCAUACGCUUCAUGUUAGAUCCAAAGGAUGGCAUAAUCAACUUGGGACUAUGCACAAUAAACAUAUCAUGGGCAUUCACGUGGGUUGGCAGCAAGAUGAUGAAAGGCAACCUUUUGGAGGUUUGCACAUUCCAAAGGAAUGCAAAGAGAGAGGUGGUUGGCCCCCAAAGGAGAGAUAGCUCCAGCAAGAUGAAAAAGCCUGAUGGGAUAAUGGUUAAUCAAGCAUGUUUGGCAAUCGCACUACAAUAG